AUGCCGCUCUGUCUCACCUUCAUCGACUUGAAGAAGGUCUUUGAUUUGGUUGAUACGGAAGCGGUCGUAGAAGCCUUGGACAACCAAGGUGUCCUUACUCAGUACACAAAGGUACUUCGAGAGUUGUACAGCAACUUCACGACCGGAAUUUCGCCAUUCUACAAGAGCAUCAUCAUUGAUGUGAAGAGGGGGGUCCGACAAGGUGAUACAAUCUCACCCAAAAUAUUCACGGCCACCCUCAAGAACGCAAUGCGAAAGUUGGAAUGGGACGACAUGGGAGUGAAGGUUGAUGGUCGACAACUACACCAUUUGCGCUUUGCUGACGACAUCGUAAUGAUAACACCUAGCAUCAGCCAAGCGGAACGAAUGCUAACCGAAUUCGACGAAACAUGUGGAUGCAUCGGUCUUCAGCUGAAUCUCCAAAAGACGAUGUUCAUGCGCAACAGAUGGGUCUCGGAUGCCCCAUUCACGCUCAACGGAACGAACAUAUCCGAAUGCACCAGCUACGUUUGUCUAGGUCGGGAAUUGAACAUGAUGAAAGACCUGACCCCCGAGCUGGGCAGGAGGAGACGAGCGGCCUGGGGAGCGUAUAAGAGCAUCGAGGGUGUAGUGAAGAAGAUCAGGAACACCCGGCUCCGUGCUCACCUCUUCAACACCAUCCUACUUCCUGCUUUGACCUUUGCUUCGGAAACCUGGGCAUUUCGCAAGCAGGAAGAAAACGCGGUGAGCGUCAUUGGACGCGCAGUUGAGAGAGUGAUGCUAGGAGUAUCCCGUUUCACGCAAGUGAGGGACGGGAUUCGAAGUUCUCUCCUACGUCAGCGAUCGAAGAUUAGAGACGCCGCCGCGUUUGCCAAGGAAAGUAAAAUAAGGUGGGCCGACGCCGACCCGAUAGUCACAUUUCUUCACAAAGUCCUUGAAAGAAAAAUAUGA